AUCCAUGUAAGAACUUCUUCAUGACUGGAUAGCUUUUUUACCUUCUUUUCCUCGCUUUUCGUGGCAUCUAAAAAUGAAAAAUCUGACAGUAGGUUCAACAAACCUGGGCUAUUGUGGAGUCAUCUGAAACUGCUUGGUUGUUGGGAAACUUAUUUCCUUUGUUUUUUUCCCUCAAAAAAGGCUUAGUUUCUUUGUUCUUAUGAUAUUAGAUAUUUGGUUUCCUUUUGUGGGUUCCCUUCAUCAGAUAAGCAUGGUAGAUUUAGUCUAUAAAUCUGUAUGGAUUUUGUAAAAAUAAACAUGUAAAAUAAACAGGAAGUUGUUUGGGUGCUAGGUUUCUCUUUAUCUAAAUUGGGCAUAGACUGGAAUGUGGAAAUAGAAACCGGAAAGGUCAAUCGAACUUUUCAGUAAAAGGGUAAAGAGAGAUUUCCAAUUUCAAAAGCUAUAUUAGGUUGAAUUUUUGUUUUAUGUUGGACCAAACAAGGAGGAUGGUAUAGAAAGGAGGAGGAAAAAUUGCUUGUAUCCGUUAUUUUGUAUUCUAGGUUUUGGGAAGUCCUCAAAUAUGCGACGUGUUCGAGUCUCAUCCCACCAGUCCCCGGUGCAGAAGCUAGGUGAUUCCCAGAUGAAACUAACCCCCAAAUUUAGAUUGGCCAUCACCCCACCACCUUCCUCAUUUCCAUCAUCUUCUGCAUCAUUAGAAUCGGACUCAUCACAAGAAUUGGGGCCCCUCAUACCUGGCCUCCCUGAUGAUAUUGCGCUCAAUUGCCUCCUCCGGCUGCCUGUCAAGGCCCACUCAGCCUGCCGAUUGGUCUGCCGGCAGUGGCAUCGCCUGCUGGGCAACAAGGAAUGCUUCUUUAGCCAGAGGAAGGCUCUUGGCUUCCGCACCCCUUGGUUGUUCACUUUAGCCUUCCACAGAUGCACUGGGAAAAUCCAGUGGCAAGUACUGGACCUGACUCACUUCUCUUGGCACACCAUUCCAGCCAUGCCCUGCAAGGACCGGGUCUGCCCCCGUGGGUUCGGGUGCAUCGCCAUUCCCCCGGAUGGCACCCUCCUUGUCUGCGGAGGUCUGGUCUCCGACAUGGACUGCCCUCUCCACUUGGUAUUGAAGUAUGAGAUGUAUAAGAAUCGAUGGACCAUUAUGAGCAGGAUGCUCGCUGCCCGCUCGUUCUUUGCUGGUGGCGUGAUCAAUGGCAUGGUCUAUGUUGCUGGAGGUUACAGCAAGGACCAAUUUGAGCUCAAUUCAGCUGAGGUUCUCGAUCCCAUUAAGGGGAAUUGGCAGCCUGUUGCAAGCAUGGGAAUGAACAUGGUCUCCUAUGACUCCGCUGUGCUUAAUGAGAGGCUUUACACCACUGAAGGCUGUGUUUGGCCAUUCUUGUCUUCACCAAGGGGCCUGGUCUAUGAUCCGAAAACCGACCAUUGGGAGGAUAUGGCUGUUGGAAUGCGGGAAGGCUGGACAGGUUCAAGUGUGGUUGUUGAUGGGCAUCUGUUUGUAAUCUGUGAGUAUGAGCGGAUGAAGGUGAAGAUCUAUGAUGUUGACUCUGAUUCAUGGGACAUCGUUGAAAGCUCUCCCAUGCCUGAGCAAAUUCGCAAACCUUUCUCUGUGAAUUCCGUUGGUAAUAAGAUCUUUGUCAUUGGCAGAGGGCUUCAUGUUGCAGUUGGACAUGUAGAGAAGAAGAGUUGCACUGGUUCCAAUGGGAAGCGGAAGAAGCAGAGCUUUUCCAUUCAAUGGCAAGGCAUAGAUGUGCCACAAGAAUUUGGUGACUUGACACCCUCCAGUACUCAGGUUUUGUAUGCUUGAUCAUCUGUUUUGCUUACCAGUUUGGCACUGCUUAUGUCGUAUAGGAAAACUGAGAAGGCUUAACCCAAAAAUUGUAUGAUUUUAGCAUAUAUAGUUAGAUGUUGUAAUGAUCCAUAAGAGCACCUCUAGUACUUUGCUUCGUAUUUACUCUUUGAUUGUCAUUGUUGGACAUGUCAUUCAUCCUACUGAGGUGUGCUGUACUUCUAAAUCUCAUCAAUUGCUAAGCCAUGACCAUUAAUAUGUCUUGUUAA